AUGGAGCAAGUGGUUGUGAUCGAGGUAGAACUGUUGCUAGCUCCAUUCGGCCUGCAGCGAAGGGCUUUUCAUGUUAUGGUUGAAUUCGCUUUGGGAGAUCUCUACGACGAGGUUGCUGCUAAAAACAUCGGCGCAGUGAUAAACCGUGAGGAAUCUUACGAGUGCAAAUACUGCCCCAUGUUCCAAAUUUCUGGGGCAUCACUAUGUGAUUCCGAUUCUGGACGUGCGCAUGCAGCAGCUCACCGGAUUGCGUUUGAGGCUCUUCUUGAACCUUCUCCAGUACUCGUAUGUCCAAUUUGUGAUCUUCCUCAAAAAACUAGCGAAUUGGCAUGUGUCUUCGGCUGCAUGUUCAACGAUUUAGAUCUCGUGGAACACCUCGAACAAGAGCAUGGCGAAGUUUUGCGAGACGAAAUGGUAUGCGAUUUCUCCGAUCCACGUUACCUAUUCACAACUUUUCGACAGAAACAGACUCCAUCAACUCCGUCUUCAGCAGACAGGCAUGCAAUUGACGAGGCAAAUGCGGUUAAUGAUGAGAGGAAUACAAUUAUUUUGAGCGAUGGCGACGUUGACUCAAAUGCAAGCGAUUGCGACGAUUUGGAAGAGAAAUACUCAAGAUACGAUAGUACAGAAGAAUCGUCCUUCGAAGAGUGUCAGGAUGGAAGAGAUGUGGGAUCAGAUGCAAGUGAGCCAGGUGUGGUGACCGCUAAUCGCUCAAAAUCCGUCCGUGGUCAUGAGACAAGCCUUUCUCAGGAAAGUCCUGCUGAGACGACAGGCUUCGGAAAUGAGCAUAGAAACGAUGGAGCCCAAACCAGCGUGAACAUUGGCACCAAUCGAAUACGUGAACACACUGAAGGGCGAAAACGUGAACAAAUGAAAGGUGUGAGUUUUAUCGCUUGUCUCAUUUGUGACUGGUCACCAUUAAUGUUCCGCGACUCGCACAAGAUGCGUGAAGAAAUAUCCUCACAUGUUCGCUCACAUAUUAGAGAAGAAGCAAACAAACUGCCUAGUCGGGCUGAUAAUUCCAUAACUGACCAGCGUUUGUUGAGCUGCAUGGAUUUCAGCCUUGAAGAAUAUUUCGAAAAAGAACAUCUAACAGAUCUCAGUGGGACCAUAAAUUCUCGAAUUAUGGAGCGAGUGUACAGCGAUCUACUGACUAAAUUGUUUGGUAUAUGCGUUCCUGUGGUUUACCGAAUCUUGCACGGGAACAAUGGGAAUCCAUUUCGUCCUCCAGAUGCAGCACGCAACAGGCGAAAAGCGAAGGUUUCAUCAAAAUCAAAAGAUAAUCCUCGUUUAAAAUGUCUCUCAGGAACUCUGCGGACAUUUAAACGGACGUUAUCUAACUCCACGGAAACAACUGAAAGCAGUAACGCUGACAGCACCACUCAGGAAAGCAGUGACCUUCCUGGUAUUGGGAAUUUCGAGUCGGUUCAGCACAUCCAGUGUGCUCGCGCUGAGUGCGGUCACUCGUUGCUAACACCGGCAGACAAGAUAGCAAUUGUUCAUCACAUUGCUGCUCAUAUACGCCAUGAUGAGGCGAGAUUGCUGAGUAGAGCGGGUGCUUCUCCUGUUGUAACAUGUGAUUGUGGCGUGACGAUUGGAUCACCUAUGGGAUACAUAUAUCAUGUGGUUCAUGACCACGUUUUCGAGCAGAGACAGUUUUCUCAGAUUGCAGCUACAAUAGUCUCCUACUUGAUGUUGAUCGUAGAAACUGCUAUAGAAUCCGUGCUUGCUGUGCGACUCGACUUCCGCACUACUAAAUGGACACUUUGGUGCGCAUAUUUCUGUCUUGAGGAAGACGAAGGUGACGAACAACUGUUUUCUGACAGCACUGAUUUGAACGAACACUGGUUGAAGCUAUGGGAAGAUCUAAUCGACGAAUCUGUAACUGGAAAGAGCAUGACACUUGGCGACACAAUCAAAUUAUUCGAAAUGCAUCCUUUUGUGGAUGAACACCGUCUUCAAACUAGGAAGCAUAAGUCGGUGCCAGUAAUGGACUCGGAUAAAAUUCAUAACUCUUUAACGAAGAUUUGGCGACGUUUAAACAGUUGGGCUAAUGACCCAAUCACCCGUCAGCAUCUAGCUUGUGACUCACGUUGGAUUCGUCUUUCGCAAAUCCGCCGAAGAGUGCUUCUUGAAUCAAGAAAGGGUGACCAUAGACAAUCGGAUGAUCUAUGUCGGAUUACUGUUAUAGGAAAUUCGGCUUUUUCCGAUAUUGGUAGUCGUCAUUCACUGAAAUCAAACCAUUUCUCUGACGUCGUAAAUGAAGAAGCACGGACUACGGGGAGUCCUGUUGCAGAAGCUCCGGGUGCGUUGCAGUAUGAUAUGGCAUGCUGUUCAGGAUCGAGCUCGAACCAAACGGUCGGUGAUUCCUCUAAUCCCGAGAGCUCUUGUGAUGUGACAAUGCCCUCAUCGUCGUCAAGAGAUGAUAAUUUUGUGGUGAAUGAGAAUGUGCUAGGUGGGAAGCUAUUGCAUUGUAAAAUAUGUGCCCAUUUAUCCAUAUCCGCCACGAACACGGCUACCAUAAAGGAUCACUGCGCUUUACAUGCAAUAAUGGAAGGACGAAUGCUAUGUGCUCUUUACAUUCACAGAGCUGCUGACAGACCACAGUCGUGUCCGUUUUGCUGCAUAGAAAUAAAUAUAUAUAAGGCAAUGGAAUUCAUUGAGCACAUGAAAAUGAAACACAUGGAGAAAGCUCGAAUGAUAUACGAUCGUUAUUUGCAUCGGUAUUUUCCACAAUCUAAGAUUUUUUCCGGUCCGUAUCCGCCUACAUUUGAAGCUGCUGACAACUCGUUCAGCAGAGGGGAUUUCAUUAUCCGAUGCCAGCGAUCUGAUUGUUGUGGCGUGAAUCCUGUAGUCGUUUUACCCUAUGAGAAAACAAUACAGCUAUCAGAUGUGGAUAUUGCUGUUGUUAAGCACAUACUAUGGCAUGUAAGAAACGACUCUUUCUUGGAUCUGAAUCUUGUUGAAAUGGAUCUCUUAACGAGAGCUUUGAUGAUCCGUUUGUCAUCGUCUCAGACGCGGCAGAUAUUGUUCAUGGCAAGACGGGUCACAAAAGAGUUCUACAGAUAUAGUGAACCCGAUGUUGUAAAAUACAUUCAAGCGAAAAUGGACGAAAUUGGUUUCGUUCUUUUUGGAAUCAACAAAGGACUGGUUUUCCAGAUGGUGUUCACCCGUCGAUUUGUUCGUGAUCAAAGUGGGAUGUUGAUCUAUCCUCCAUGUGUAUGUCGCCUUUGUGUGGACAAGGAAUUACCUCGCUAUUCUAGUGACCGUCGAAAGCGCGCUUUCGUUGCUUAUGCUCAUCCUGUAGUACUUCAUAUCUUGGAGCAUCUUAGUGCAAGACAACUUCCAGAGCGGUUGACUUCGUCGGCAGAUAAUUUGCGAUGGAAAAGCUCCUGUCGCAUGGAUGGUCUUCGUUUCAAAAGCGUGUCAACUGCGAUUAGGCAUGUCCUCCAUGCACAUAAUGAACUCGUAGAGAUAAGUGCUCUUGACAUUGUGCUAGAGGACAUGGGUGUUUUCCAAAUAUUCCGUGACGCCAUGUCUGUUGUAUUAGGAGAGCAGUCAUGGCAGUUAGAGGAAGCACUCGGAUUUGGAGCAUACAACGUGAAACCGUGCCCCAAACCAGCAUUCUUUAGCGAGGAACCAAAUGAACAUUUGGUCGCUAUUCAUCGUGCUGAUUGUGCUCAACACUGGGAUCCGUCUGCGGCCUUAUGCACUUGUGAGUCUAUGGCGACGCAAGAAGCAGCUAGUUCAUCAGAAACGACCUCUCAGUUCCGAAAUUUUAGGCUGAAAACAACUUCUCUGCGUGACAUGCCAGAAGAGUCUGCGGCUUGUUAUGAAGAAUUUUUACAUGGUGUUGAAGGACAUGAAGGUGUCGAACUCCCUUCUCCAAAUGCUGCAGUUACGAACACUGAAGAGUCUUGUGAUCAAGCUAGAACAACACAGUCAAUGCUUCCUUCGAAUGGGCAUGAUUUGAGUGAACCAGUGGUAGCACCUUUAGUGUCGGUGAAAGUUGAGUUGACGGAGGAGCACAGUGACAACCAACCUGUUAUUGACCAAACUAUUUUGCCAGCUGGGUUGCCUACUGAUAGAUUGCGAAGCGAUGAAAGAACAAAGCAGCAGAGAAAAAGAUUAGCAUCGAAGAAAGCGAAGCAGAAACUCAAGGAAAUUAAGCGGGAAAUUGAUGGGAUAGUGCUUCCUCAAAGGAACAAAGCAUUGCCACUCAAAAAUGUCAUACAAGGACCGAAAACUGUGGCUGCUGCGCUUGUCGCGGCUUUGGGGUCUCCAACUAAAACGGCUAGCUCGCUCCCAGUGCCUCCACGCAGUCCUCUCCCGCAAGCACGUGGUGAAACAGGAGAGGAACUGGAUUGUGUGUUUCCAAACGACACCGAAGGAGCAUCUAAUCCCCUCUCAAACUCAAGGAGAGCUGCAACUAAAGUCGUAGCAAGAGGUGAAAAAGAAUCCCAAUCUGAUUCUGGUUUUGCCGCCAAAAAGCCGCGACUCGUAUCUGCAAAUGAGAACAACAACGUUGAAGCACCUAAGAGUGAUAGCUCCAGUACACGUUCGAAACGGCGGCUACGUUCUUCAUCUCGUCGAAAACCCGCUAUAUCUGAACCUUCUUUGCAAUAG